CCAAAACUCGCAGGCACCUCUCUCAUGUGUCCUUUACAGGUCAUACCUCUCAUUUUAAAUAGAAAAGUGCAGCCUUCAUCGGGUUUAAUGAAAUGGACUUUAGUUAAAUUUAUGCAUUAGUCAGUGCACUGGUCCCUAACGCAGGUCAUCCCGUUUUGUUUCAGUACAUUCUGCUCAUUGUGUACACUAGCGGUGUGCGACUCUGUACGGAAAAACAUCUACGCAGGAAGCACAAACUUCUGUGGGGCUGUGCGGUUUCCUUCAUGCUGCUAGUGACUAUUUGUAGUGCAAGACACACACCUAUCCCGGGUGUUGUAUGCACAUGUGGUUAGGUAGUGAUGCAAGGUGCCCCAAUAAAAUGUCCUUUUGGUUGUUGCUAGAAAUUUCUAGACCUGGGAUGAGACUGGAUGCAAAAUGUAGAUCUUGUAAAUGACCUGAAGACUAGAAUGUUUGUGGUUUGUUCUGCGUUUACAGAUGCAAUAUUUUAUUUCGUAAGGACCAUGAAAAAUGUAUUUCAAACAAUUUAGAAAAUCGCAAAAAUUCAACGUGUAAUAUUCCGCUAUUCGUUCCGUCACUUUAGAUCACGUUUCACAUUUUAGUGUUUCUCCUAAACUGUGUGCGUUGAAGGCGGCCAUCAGCUUACUGAGCCGAACACGUGUUUGUCGGGCAUCUUCCGGUUAAUUAAAGAGCGUUGCGGAUAUUAAAACGCGCCCUGAUUGAAUUCAAACCAGCCAAAAGUAGACAAGGUGCACAAUGUGCAUGAUGGAAGAUUACCAAUUCUUGGAAAGCUUUAAAAAUAAGCGUUUAAAAAUCACCCUAAAGUCCGCUACAUACGUUGGCACAAUACAGCGCGUCAACUUAAACAAAACGCUGAUCCUGGAGGACGUUGUCGAUUUCCAAAGUGGCCGAAAAUUCCCAGGGACGAAGCUUUUCUUUGGUCACGAAAUUUUAAACGUUGAACUACCUCCAGAGUCUGGAAAUGGUGACGGGGACAAAGGCAAGCUAACGGUCUCCGAGUUCCAGCCUUACAGAAAAAUUAUGAAGCUGGGCGAGGAUGAGGCUGACAGUGAGUAUGUGGACUUUGUGGUGGUCGACGAGUUCUACGAGAAGUUCAGCCCUGCUGUGAUGAACAUCCGCAAACAGCAGGUGAUUGGGAUUGCGGCCGAUGUGUUGGGGGCAUUCCCUCACGCCAGGCUCUGCUGGCUUCAGAUCUCCACCAAGGACAAGGUUUACCUCUUUGACAUCUUGGUGCUUGGAGCGCGAGCCUUCAAGAAUGGCUUGUCCAUGAUUCUUGAGAAUAAGCACAUUUUAAAAGUGACGCAUGGCUGUCGGGGUAUAUCAUCCUGUCUCUUGGCUCAGUACAACGUCAAUCUCACCAAUAUCUUCGACACUCAGGUUGCAGACGUCUUGCACUUCCACAUGGAGACGGGCGGCCUGCUCCCGGAGCGGCUCAGCACUCUGCAGGAGGUUGUGGGCCUCCACCUGAAGGUGGCGCCCUCACGCCUGUCACCACUGAAGAUCAAGGACCAGCUGGCCAAGGAGGAUGGGGAGGUGUGGUACGUGCGGCCCUGCCCCGCCGCCCUGCUCAAAGUCAUGGCCCUGUCAGUGAUCCACCUGCAGCCCCUGCGGCUGGUGCUGCUCGAUGCCCUCCUCUCCGACUACACCGACCUGGUGGAUGCAUACCUGGAGCACAGCAGGCAGGAUGCCAUCCAGGUCCAGGACAUUGGCUCGUCUACUGGACUGGAACUCCCCCCGGAGCUGUGGAAGUUGGAGCAGACCAAACUGGAGCGACGGGAAAAGGCGCUGGACAGGUUCCCUGUCACCCACGACGGCCUGCUGGUGCGCUACGGCCCUGGGCCCCUCGGGGACCGAGCAGCCCUUCCUAUGGGGUCUAAGCGCCCCGACCCGGCUGAGAGGACCUCUAAAGACCAGGAUUUCGGAUUAAAGUCUGAUCCGGUUCCGACCUUGGGGAAGGAGAACAGCGCCCCCAGGCUCUUGGAGACUGCAGCAAUGUCAGUGGGGGGGGCAUCGCAGAUGGAGGGGGUUGGCUGCCCCGUACCCUAUCCUGCUAUCGGAAGAGGACUGGCUCUCCACAUGCCCACGGAUGUCUCUGCGGAGCUUUCCGGUGCCUCAAAACCCAGUAUGGGGGGCGGAUCUGCAGAGGUGACCCCAAUCCCACCGCCUGCUGCCACAGAGACCCCCGUAGCCUGGAUGGGGGGCGUUGGGGGGGGCAUUUCCAGGGGACUUCACAUAGGAGCUGCUCCUUACAGUGCCAUGUGUUUUGGACGGGGACACUUCUUCCAGAAAAUUCCCCCCUACAGUCCCUAACAAAAUCAGCUAAAUGAAUCUGGGGGUGCUUCAGCAUUUUGGUUGUUUGUUCCUGUUUAUUAUGAGAAAUGAGCCCCUCUUCAGUAUCAGCGACGCAUCUCUUUCGUUCCUGUUUAUGGGCACUGUCGUUUCGAGGCAUACCCGAAACUGACCAUUAGAUGGCAUUGUUGAGUCAUGAGACUUUUUCUUGGCUAGUUAGCGCUCGGUGACGUGUUGGAUUUAGUUUUUUUUUCUUUCGUUUGACAUUCUGACAGCUAGAUUGAGCAUUUGACAGAGCUUACUGUCCAAAAAGUCUGCGCUGGAGGAUUGAUUACCAGUCAGGGAUUUAAAAAUAAACAUUCGCCAGUCUUGCUUUAAUUAUG